UUUUUUUUUUCCAAACUAGAAAAAUCCAGGCACAUUAGAUUUAUUAUUGAGUUUGUAUUUGAAUGGUCUGUUUCUGGCGAAUUCAUUGCUACCAGUUGAGAAGUAUAUUGAUGAAAUAAAGUAUCAUCCAUGGAUGAAAAUACUUCCCUCUUAAGCCCUUCUUCUAACGACAUCAAAAGGAGACUAAAAGCCAAAAGUGUGAAACUUCGCCGAGUGAUCGUUUUAGCCGCAACGACAUGCGUUGUGGCAGCAGUGAUUGUAGUUAUUACUACCCGUAGCGGUAGUAGCUUGUCAGGAGAUGUUUCGCCGAGGGAUCCCAACCUUCCCCGAGUUCCCUUAGACGAAGAUGUCAAAAUUCAAGUACCACCUUCAAGUGGUCAGAACGAUUCUUUGUUAUCCAUGCCUCAGUUUUUAGGUUUGAUGCAACUGGCGCUGAUAAAAGGCACUCAGGAUCUGCAAGCUAAACAUACUCAACAAUUUGGACACUUGAUAAAUCAGAAUGAUCAUCUCUCACCUCUUAAAUCACCAAAACAAACCAUACUUGUUACAGAAAAAAAUGUUUCUCCGGAUAAUGAAAAGAUGAGAAAAUCUAGUAUUGGAUUUAGUUUUAUUCCUGAACCAGUAGAAAAUAUGCUGAAAAACUUAAACAUACCAUUCAUUUGGCCAUACAAUUUCGGGAGUUCUGAGCUGAUCCACCAAAAUAAAGAAAACGAAACAAAUAUGUACUACUCUCCCAGCUUCAUACCUCGUCCAGUUGAAAAGAUGUUGAAAAAUUUGAAUAUACCAUAUGUUGGUUCCUUUGAAAAUAGAAGAUAUCCAUACUUUUCUGGAGCAUUCAAUCCAUUUGACUUCCCUUCACGUGUUAAAGACCUUUUAAAUGGCAUGUCUUUUGAAGGAAGUGAUAUAGGAAUAGACAUUUUCAUUCCAAAAUUUGUAAAGGAUCUUUUAAACAAUCUUGCAUUACUGAGAAAAACAGCACAUAUGAAAAAAAUGGCAAUUUUGCAAGAAGCGGCAAAUAAAGCCCUUUUUCGUCAGGUACUGUUAGCUUAUGCUAAAUUUGAUGGUUCAAGCGAUGGAAAGAACACCUCAGAAGCUCAGCAGUUUACGAAAAACAAUUAUAAUCAGUAUAUUCCAAAAUAUGUGAGAGAUUUUCUGAAAGAUUUAGGGGUUCCGCUUGGUAAAAAAAAAUCCUCCACUGACAAAGGAAAUUAUACAAAAAUGGGCGAUAAAUUCAUGCCUAAGUUUAUGAAAAAUCCCCUUCAUGACUUUGAUAAGAUGACAAAUAAACAAAAUGGCGAUACAGAUACAGUUAGCACUUCUUCCAACAAUGCAGGCCAAGCACUAUUGCAAUUGGUUUUACUGGGGUAUGCAAACCAAACUGUUAAUAACGGAAGUUCUGCUGAAUCACAAAACGUUACUCAAAUGCCGAAAUGGGUAAAAGAUUACUUAGAUAGCUUAGGAAUUCCAUACAACACGUCAGCUGAUCAAGACAACACCACAGCUUCUGCUACUAAGUCCGAUUCAGAAAUUGUUAAGUUUGUUAACGAUACUCUGGAUGAACUAGGCAUUCCUAAGAACUUGACCGUGAAUAAAGAAGAUAUUUAUUCUGUCCAAACAAAUUCUACACCGAAGUUUAUGGAAAAAAUGAUAGACGGUAUUGGCAUUUCUUACAACAAGACCUCUGACAAAAACAGUGUACAAGCUCUCAUGAAAACACUGGCGACUUUAAAAUUAGUUGCAGUUUUGAAUGGGCCGAAAACUGUGCAACCGUCAGAUAAACAAAACAACGAAGAUUCAAAAUACACCAACGAUCUCUUUAAAGCGUUGGGGGUAUAUACUCUCUUGCAGAAGCAGCCUAAACAGUAUCAGAAAAAUGAGUACACUCACUAUUUACCUAAGAUUGUAAAUCAUCUGUUAAAGAAACAGGAAGAGUAUAAAAAGAAAUACUCGGGCUCUGGUCAAAAUGGAGAUGGACACAAAGUAAAUUUUGCUACAAAAGGAUCUGCUGAUUUACCAGAUAAACCUGGAAACAAUCCUUCAGUAACUGGUUUACUAAAAUUUUCCCAGUAUUUUGUUCUUCAGGAUGCUGUUCAAAAACCACAACAACCUCACCAAGCUUGGCAACCGCAACAGUCCAAACAACCACAGCAACCUGAACAGCCUCAGCAAGCUUGGCAACCGCAACAGCCCAAACAACCACAGCAACUUGAACAGCCUCAACAAGCUUGGCAACUGCAACAGUCCAAACAACCCCAACAACCUCAACAGAAGCAGCAAAAACCCCCAAAGUUUGUACAAGAUUUUCUAAAUGAUCUUGGUACUUAUGUUGACAUUUCAAAAGAUAUUCAAAAGCCACAGCAGCCAUCACAACCACAGCAACCCCAACAGCCACAGCAACCACAGCAGCCAUCACAACCACAGCAAACCCAACAACCUCAACAGAAGCAGCAAAAACCUCCAAAGUUUGUACAGGAUUUUCUAAAUGAUCUUGGUACUUAUGUUGAAAUUUCAAAAGAUAUUCAAAAGCCACAGCAGCCAUCACAACCACAGCAACCCCAACAGCCACAGCAACCACAGCAGCCAUCACAACCACAGCAACCCCAACAACCUCAACAGAAGCAGCAAAAACCUCCAAAGUUUGUACAGGAUUUUCUAGAUGAUCUUGGUACUUAUGUUGAAAUUUCAAAAGAUAUUCAAAAGCCGCAGCAGCCAUCACAACUACAGCAACCACCGCAAGUAUCUCAACCACAACAACCUAAACAGAAGCAACAAAAACCUCCAAAUUUUGUACAGGACUUUUUAAAUGACCAGGAAACUCUUGUCAAAAAUCCAGAAAAUGUACAAGAAUUCCAACAAACUCAGACUUCUAAACAGCUCCAGAAGAAACAGAAGUUUGUUUCAUCUCUGAGAGAAGACUUACAUGAUCUUGAUAUUGACUUGAAAAACGAUUUAGUUGAAAAUGCAAAUACACUAAAAAAGUUCCCUUCAUUAGUGCAGCUUCGCAUAAAACAGCCAGUCUCAACCAAUCCAGUAGUAGAAUCACCCAAUGCAAUGAUAGGCUCCACCAAUCCAGUGAUGCCCCAGUAUUUGCCUUAUUACAUGGGUGGUGUAACAACUGGAAACAUGUUUAAAAAAAUGAGCUACCCUUAUAAUAACAAAGUAUAUUUUCAUGCAGACAUUGGAGGAGGAGCUUCCUUGGACAUGAUGAGUGGGGACUCAGAAAACAAGUCAAUGUCCAAGCAGAAGUAAACGAUCUAAGCUAAAGUGGCAAGAAGCUGACCUAAUCUCAACCUUGGUUUCUUCACUGCUGUUGCUAACUAAUUUGAGUAAAAGUAGAAAAUGUAUUUACAGAACAGAACAGAGCCGAGAUUUCCAUUCAUAAAUAUAUAUGAAGAAAUAAGUCACUGAAUUAUGAGAUGUUUAAAAAAUGGAUGACACUUUCCAAGAAACAAUCAUAAUUUAGGGUUUUAAUUCCUCAUAAGAUUCUCUCAAUUUAAACGAUUUUACUUACAUAUAGUAAAUAUUCAAUUCUGAAUUUGGAAUGUUAUUUAAAGUCUAGUUUUUAAACUCUGCAGUGAUUUGCUAAACGGAAAGUGAGACGGAAGCUUCACACUAGUUCCAGUUGUUUUUAUAUAUAAAUAUUCAAUUAACGACAGUGCUUCUUCUAACAAUGGUGCAAGGAUGAAAAAGGCUGGAUUAUUUACUAAAUAUAUUUUUUAAUGUUCAACAAACCUUAUUUUUAUAUAUUUCUUAUUCGUUUGCUUUAUUACAUGGUAAGGUAUUUUUAGCUCGUUUUUUUAUAUAUAUAUAUAUAGACGUAUAUCGCAGUUUCAUUUUGAGAAGGAUAGCAUGGUAUAUUUUUUAUAAAACAAAACUUGUAUUUGCGUAAUGAUAAACAGCCGAGUUGUUAAAUAAUGUUCUUGCUGUACUUAACUUUUCAGCACAAUUAUUGGAGGUCAUUAAAACCUGGUUUACUAACAAA